GCUAACCUGUGCACCAUGGUCUGACGGUACAGGAAAGCUAAGCAGUGGGGAGUAAGCUCUAAACUGUGCAUCAUGUUCUAACAGCACAGGAAUCAAACUUGAUGGACGACGUUGUGAAGCAUGCAUGCAUCUCGGCGGGCUUACCAAAGCCUGACGCAGAGGAGAUGGUCAUCCAGCUUCGGAAGUACAUUGAGAAAUUAUUGGCCGGUGGAGGCGGAAAGGGUAAUUCCAAGCAAGAGGAACAUGGAGAUAAUGCCAGCGCCGCAGGGCGUGGUCUUCCAGAUACAGCAGAACACACAUGGGCGAUGGACCGUCUUUUGAAUACCAAGUGUGUUGAGGAUGAGGUAUUGAUUCUAAGGGACACCAUUACCCGUGCUAGACUCCACGAAGAAGAAGAGGGAAUGGGGACCGAAGUCGAAAGGCCAAAGGUGCAGAAGAGAAAAGCUCUGGAUGGGGAAGAUGUGGAGAGGGAAGUGCAGCCAGAAAGCGCCCCGGUUGUUAAGAGAAAGAAGGUCGUAAAAUUUGAUGAUUCGCCUAUGGAAGAUACGGAGGCGAUAGGUGAAGGCCCGGAGAGAGGAGGAGGAUUACCUCAGAAGAAGGCAGCAGCUCAAAGACAGAGGAAAUCGAAGGGGGCAGAGUCUGAGUCUGAUGUCGAGGUGAUGGAUAAGGAGAUGGCGGGGGUGGCAAUCGCGAACUUGGCAAGGCGUCUCCAGAAGAGGCAGAAAAAGGUGCCGAGCAGCGAGGAGGGAGAGGAGGAGGAGGAGGAGGAGGGGGAGGAAAUGGAACAGGGAGAAGAUAGCGAAACUGACAGCGGGGUAAUUUCUGCUAGUGAUGUUGACGAGGGAGAGAGCUCGGAAGAAGAGGAUGAGGACAUCAGUGAUGAAGGGAGUGGAAGAAGUCAGAUGGCGCACAGCUCGUUGAGCAUGGUUCUGUGUUGCGGGCUUCUCUGCCGGCGCAGCCAUUUGUUCACGGGCAAUGCCAGAUAUGUAAUCAACCAUGGCAAGCUACUUACCCUUGUGUCUCUUGUUCCGAGCGAGGAACCCACGGGAUGCUGGGCAGGACUGUGAGAUCUAUCUCCAGGUAUUUCGACCAUCUCUGCUUUUCUGUGACGCCUGCUGCUGCUAAUCAACGUCUCAGUCUGUA